UGGCCCAUCAGACCGGCCGACGGCACAGUACCUCUCCGGCAACGACGCUCGCCGCUGCUACCGCCUCUGUACCGGCGCCACAUCGCUCCAUCCGGAACACAGACACCUUCCGCAGCAACAUGACGUCCGUGCAGGUGCUGGCUCUGCUGCUGCUGUUGGCGGCGACGGCCACGGCCGCGUCUUCGAGGCGCGCGGCGGCCAAGGACGCGGCCGCUGACGUCAUCUCGGGGGUGUCGCUGGACCGGCCGCACACGCAGAGGCUGCUGCGGCGGCAGCUGCAGGAGCUGGAGCGCCAGGACAGGCGGCCGAGGCCCGGCGGCCGCGACCGGCGCCGCUACGCGCUGGGGGGCUUCGGAGGCGGCGGACUGGGGGGCGCCAGCCUGGGGGGCGCCAGCCUGGGGGGCGGAGGACUGGGGGGCGCCAGCCUGGGAGGCGGAGGUCUGGGGGGCGGCUUCGGGCCGCUCGUGCUCAGCCCCUCCCUCAUCGACACGUCUUCUCUCGGAUCUACAGGCCACCAGCCGCGCACGCCGGUGUACCACGCGACGCCGCUGCAGCCGUUCGGCGCGCUGCUGCCUUCGCGGCCGGCGGAGGAGCCCAAACCCAUAGAGGAGGAGCAGCUGGAGGACCACGAGCCGCCCCCAGCGGCAGUCGCCGUGCCCGCCCCGGCCAGCCACGGCCAGGAGCACAGCCCGGCCGCCGCCAGCUACCAGAACGCGGAGUACAAGAUCGUGGAGCCCGCCUACCGCCACCAGCUGCACCACGACGAGGACGAAGGGCACGGGCAGUACGCGGCCAAGUAUCAGUUCGGCUACCAGGUGCGCGACCCCAAGACUGGUAGCUACUUCGGGCACACCGAGUCUCGCAGCGGCCACCUGACCAAAGGACACUACCACGUGCUGCUGCCCGACGGCAGGUUGCAGAAUGUGCAGUACUGGGCGGAUCCGUCCGGCUACCACGCACAGGUGUCCUUCAACGGCGUCGCCAAGCACCCUCCGUCAAGCAACUCGGCGCACAACCACGCGCCUGCACCGCUGCCUACGCUUGCGCACCCCGGCUACGGCUACGGGGCGGCGCUCAAGAGGGUAGCCGCCGAACGGAAGGAGGGGGAGGCGCAGGGGGAGGGCGACCAGCGCUGACGUCACACGAGUGGUCCGCUCUGAGGGUGUCGGCGGCGUAACGGAAUACUCUGCUCUCCACGUGCAAUUAGCUGCUUCCUAUUCAGUCCAGUCUCAGUAACACUUGCCCUGGCAGCGAACCAUGCAGUGGCCUGUGAGAUCCAGUAUCAUCAUAAUCAUCAUUUUCCUCUUAAUCACUGGUCUCAACCUUAAAAAUCUCACAAUAUUCUCAACAUUCCUUCCCUUGCUUUUAUCUUGUAGCAAGCAGUCACGCCACUCUUGAUUCCAUAUCAUUUAUGAUUGCUUGUGAACUCCAUUACUAGAUAAUAAAAUUAAAAAGAGGGGUCCUCAGUUGGAAGAUUUGUCUGAACAUCACAGUGCAUCACUGGGCAUUGUAAUGACGGUAUACCUCACACUGACGUCUAAAGCCCCUGUCUGGAUUUUAUCUGGAGAAUGUAACCAUUCAGCUCCUACUGGAUAAGAAAAUAAAAAGAGGUCAUCAACCGGAAGGUCGGCUUGAACACCACAGUGUGUCACUGGCCAUACUGUUGUAGAUGACAUGCCCUUUGCCUUCUUCCGACUUUUGAUCCGUCUUACCUAACCAGGCAUAGUGGAACCAACUAGUUAAAAUGAACACUUGACUCCAAACCACGACGUAACUUGCAUUUUCUGUAUUAACCAAUCAUUAUGAGAGAUAAGAGGCAAGUGACAGGACAAUGGGGACGUAAAACUUCCUCUUUAGUUUCACUUUGCAAGAACAACACAGAUCUAUAUCCUCACUGAAGGUUGCCUCAGAAAAAUUUCACAGGAAACUAUCUCAAACUUAUUCAAAUACCCAGUGAAUGUUUAUUCUUCCAAAGACUUCAAGAUUUUAGUUUCUAUUACUUCUUCGCCAGGCACAGAUGAUGGUCUAACCGAGAGAAGUUUGAUUAUAGAUGAUCAAAGUUUCUUUCUGAAUCGAAUAUCGGUACUGAACGAGAAAAGAGUAGUUGUAUUGAAAGUUCUGUACACUCCUUAGAAAGUUUGACUGGAGCACAUGAACAGUUGAUCCCGAUCGAACGUUUUUAUGUGCCAUAAUACUUUGUGCUUAGGUCAUAUGUAUCUAUGGUAAGAUAGAAAGACUGGAACACUGCAGAGUUUAACUCAUCUCUUUCCUGCUCUUGCAGAUGGUAAAAAUCCAGAAAUAACUUCCACAGUCGGCAUCAGAGCUAGGUGGCGAAUUUUCAUAACCCAUACCGUUCCUUAAGUGUUCCACUUUUACCAUAGUUUAUUGGUCACAGUAGCAAAUAACAGUCAAAUAAUUCUUAUCUGCGAACGAUGUGAUUUAUACCAUCUGCAUUCUAUUCUUAUUUGAUCUGUUUGUCUAUGGCGGAGACAGGAUCUACAUAUUGGAUUAGACUGUGAGGUACUAACUAUAAACCGUCAAACUAUUUGCUCUAUUUUUCCCGGCGCCGAGGUCGGAGCAAAAUAUUCAGACUUGUCACAAAGCUGUGGAGAAAUAUGUGUGAUCAAAAUAUUUUACAUACUUACUUUAAAUCAAUUUUUCUAAAUUAUUUACGUGUUACUACGGAAUUCGAAAACAAGUGGUCAAAUAGUUCUCGCUUCACAGGCGUAAUUAGUGUUGACACCCGUAAAUGUAAGUAAUGGGAAAUAUGCCGUCACCCAUUAAGUAUCCUGUCACUCUAUAUCAUCACUGCCGUCAGAAACGAUUCGAUUAUGGUCGCGUUAGUCAGAUUCUGAGUUAUCAGUUUUUAAGAUUCUCGAAUAAAAGAAGUCUGUUAUGGUUAUUCUGAUUCCUCCUGUAGAACUAGAGGAUGGUGCCGUCACAUUUCUCAUUUUGAGUCUGCUGAUGGACGUCGUUCGGGCAACAACACUUCCUUUGAGUAGAUGUUCUUUAACAACAGUAUGAGGCUCUAUUCCACGAUAUGAGCUGCCGACACACCCUCAGAUGAAGCAUCUAUUACCUAUCCUAGCUGUAACAUGUAUACUGCCAUAAUUUAUUUCAUUACUCUAGCAGUGUCAUCAGCUACGUUAGACAAAGACUCACUCAUCUAACUCAUCACUACAUGCUUCCAUUUCAGAUAUCGCAGCAUCUUUCAGUUAGGCAGGCAAUACCCAACGUUCGCCGAAGCAUACAAUAACGUCCACAAGUACAGGUAGUUACCUGCCGCGAUGUUCAAACUACUAGCAGCCUAUGCUAAAUGUGAAACGAAGAUUCUAGUAGACAAAUCGUCUUGUUUAAGGAAACAUGUAUAGAAACAAGAAAAGAUGAUUUGUGACGAAUGUACAAUAAUUUCACAUGAAAUACCUUACAAAUUUUUACUUUGCGUGAUUCUGUUAAUUUAUAUACUUUAAACUGUGAGACAUACUCUGUUUCAGAAGUGUUUACUACAAAUGUAUUUUAAUAUUUUAUUGUGCUCUUUGUAGGUUUACAAAUGUGAUAGAAGGCCACUGGGAAAUGUGCAAUAUUGUAUUGAUCUCAGACAAUACACACCACUUACCUGAUAUCCAGAGCUGGUCUCCUAUCUUAUACACUUUUUAUAUUUUUGUAUUUGUUGUGUUUUAUAUAAUAAAUGUUUUCGUUGAGAAA